AUGGCGCUGCGAGGACUGAACGGCUGUGCUCGCAUUGUACUGACCGAUGCAUCAAGAGCAGCAGUGCUUCGAGGUGCCCUACUACAGUCAGACUGUUUGAAAUGCCAUUGUGGAGGUAGACGCCAUCUCUUGUCUGAAGAUGUGGUGAAGCUGCAGGAUUUCCAGCAGAGAAAACUUGCUGUUGCCCACCAAGUGUCAGGAUCAAAAGACAGGCAUCGUUAUUAUUUUGAUACAGUAAAUCAGAAAAUGGAGAAAAAUGAGCUAAUCUUGAAGGAUGAAUUGAAACAACUGCAUUUAUGCCAGUCUGCUGAAGAUGUUAUGAUGGCAAGAAAUGCUAUUUACAGGUACCAUAAUGAGAAUCGUAACAUGGCAUUCGGGGAAUUCAGGUUUGGCCCUCUUUUUAUGAGAUUAUGCUAUGAGCUGGGUUUAGAGGAGCUGGCAGCUACAACUCUUACAGAUCCAGCUCUAAAAAGAUUCUUUUCAGACUCAACAUCAUUUAAUAUCGCCAUUGACAUGCUUUUUACUAAAGGAUGCUACGAAAAUGUUCUAGAGGUGGUUGGAGAGAUGAAGAAACAGGGAGUGCUAUUCAACAAAGACACCUUCACACUAGCCUUUGCCACAUGCUAUGAACUGAACACUUCAGAGUCAUAUCAUAUCUGUUUGGCCCUGUUGGAAGGUCAGACAAAAGGCAGCCUCAUCCCUCGGCAUGCCUAUUGCUUUGCAAUUGCCCUUGCUCUUAAACAGAAUAAUGUUGAGAGAGCCCAGACAAUCUACUCUCAGAUCAUGAGCACAGACAGUUGGCUAUGCCAGAACUUGAAGGUGCUCAUAUUGGCUAUGACAGGGUCCAUGAAAGAUGCAAUCUCUGCCCUCACAACAGCUUUGGUGUCAAAGACUCCAGUGUUAGUGAAAAAACCUAAGGAAGUGGUUAAUGUAUUAAGGCAGAAGAGCACUAAUGCUCUGUGGGAGGGGAGGGUGGAGCAAGUGGUGAGGCGGUUAGAGGAGGCUGGCCAGAUCACCAAGCAGACACUGGAUGAUUUCCUGUGUCACACUCCUUCAGGGAAAAGGAGGCUUUUGGGAAUAAUCGAGCAGGAAAUAAAGAGCAGCCGAAGGACUCUUAGACCAUUGCAGUCCACACUACUGUCAGAGUGA